AGCGGGGCCUCCCUCUCCCUCUCCAUUGCUUCCCUCACCUCCCUCCACCGCUCGAAGCGAAGAGCCCCCGAAACCCCUCCAAAAAACGCUGCCUCGCCGUCGCAAAUGGACAAGGCGCCGCAGUGAUCUCUCCCCCCGUUUGCCCUUCUUCUCCAGCUCUGCCUCCUGCUCCGCGCUGCGAUGGCCGCCGCCGCCGCCUCGCCGCUCGUGUGGCUCCUCGCGGCGCUCCUCGCCGUGGUGGCGGCCGCGGAGGGGCUGACCGACGACGUGCUCGCGCUGGUGGUCUUCAAGACGGGCGUGGCCGACCCGCUGGGGAGGCUCGCCGCGUGGACGGAGGACGACGACAGGCCGUGCUCGUGGCCGGGGGUCGGCUGCGACGCGCGCACGGGGCGGGUGACCUCGCUCUCGCUCCCCGCGGCGGCGCUCUCGGGCCGCCUCCCGCGCGCGCUGCUCCGCCUCGACGCACUGGCGUCCCUCUCCCUGCCGCGGAACAACCUCUCCGGCCCCGUGCUCCCCGGCCUCCUCGCCACGCUCCCUCGCCUCCGCUCCCUCGACCUCUCCUCCAACCGCCUCGCCGACCCCGUCCCCGCCGAGCUCUUCGCCCAAUGCCGCUCCAUCCGCACGCUCUCCCUCGCUCACAACGAGCUCUCCGGCUACAUCCCUCCCGCCGUCACGUCAUGCUCGUCGCUCGUGUCCCUCAACCUCUCCUCCAACCGCCUCGCUGGCCCCAUCCCUGACGGUCUCUGGUCGUUGCCUUCGCUCCGUUCGCUUGACCUCUCCGGCAAUGAGCUCUCCGGGAGUGUCCCUGGAGGCUUCCCCGGGAGCAGCUCGUUGCGGGCGGUGGAUUUGAGCCGCAACCUUCUCGCCGGUGAGAUACCGGCGGACGUUGGGCAGGCGGCGCUCCUCAAGUCGCUGGAUUUCGGGCGUAAUCUGUUCACCGGCGGGUUGCCGGACUCGCUCCGUAGGCUGUCCGGGCUGCGGUUCCUCGGCGUCGGCGGCAAUGCGCUCGCCGGUGAGGUGCCGGCGUGGAUCGGGGAGAUGUGGGCGCUGGAGCGGCUGGACUUGUCGGAGAACCGCUUCUCUGGCGCCAUCCCCGACUCUAUCGCGAAAUGCAAGAACCUGGUGGAGGCAGACCUCAGCCGGAAUGCGCUCACCGGCGAGCUCCCCUGGUGGGUGUUCGGCCUGCCGCUGCAGCGCGUCUCGGUCGCCGGAAACAAGCUGUACGGCUGGGUCAAGGUCCCUGUCGAUGCCGCGCUGGCGCUGCGUGCGCUGGACCUGUCGAGCAACGGGUUUUCUGGCGGGAUCCCGCCGCAGAUCACCACCUUUGGGGGUUUGCAGUAUCUGAACCUGUCCUCGAAUUCGUUCUCGGGGCAGCUACCGCCCGGCAUUGGCGGGAUGAGGCUGCUCGAGGUGAUCGAUGUGAGCGCCAGCCAUCUCGACGGCAGCGUGCCGCCGGAGAUUGGCGGUGCGGUGGCGCUCCGGGAGCUGCGGGUGGGGCGGAAUUCAUUCACCGGCCACAUUCCGCCUCAGAUUGGGAAUUGCAGUUCCCUCGUUGCACUGGAUUUGUCACAUAACAAUCUCACAGGGUCAAUUCCUAGAACCGUAGGUAAUCUGACAAGUCUUCAGGUGGUUGAUCUAUCAAAGAACAAGCUGAGUGGGACCUUACCAUUGGAGCUAUCUAAUCUGCCCAGCUUGCGCAUCUUCGAUGUCUCCCACAACUUACUAUCAGGGGACCUCCCAAAUAGUCGUUUCUUCGACAACAUCCCUGAAAACUUCUUGACUGACAAUGCAGGUCUCUGUAGUUCGCGGAAGAACAACUCCUGCAUUGCUGGCAUGCCAAAGCCAAUAGUGCUUAACCCCAACUCCUCUACAAACCCAUUGUCGCAGUCCACACCAACUGCCCCUAGCAAUAUGCACCACAAGAAGAUCAUAUUAAGUGUAUCCACCCUCAUUGCCAUCGCUGGUGGAGGGACUAUUAUAAUCGGGGUGAUCAUCAUAUCUGUGCUCAACCGUCGUGCCCGUGCAACCACCUCUCGGUCAGCUCCUGCUACUGCAUUAUCUGAUGACUAUCUUAGCCAAUCCCCAGAGAAUGAUGCAAGCUCAGGGAAGCUUGUUAUGUUUGGAAAAGGUAGCCCCGAGUUCAGUGCUGGUGGGCAUGCCUUAUUGAACAAGGAUUGCGAGCUUGGUCGAGGAGGAUUCGGUGCAGUCUACAAGACAGUGUUGAGAGAUGGCCAACCAGUGGCCAUCAAGAAGCUCACUGUUUCUAGCUUGGUCAAAUCAAAGGAUGACUUUGAGAGACAGGUGAAGUUGCUCAGCAAGGUGCGACACCACAAUGUUGUUGCGCUCAGAGGCUUCUACUGGACUUCGUCGUUGCAACUCCUCAUCUAUGAUUACCUGCCUGGAGGAAAUUUGCAUAAACACCUACAUGAGUGCAUGGAGGACAACUCGCUCUCUUGGAUGGAGAGGUUUGACAUUAUCAUUGGAGUUGCUAGGGGCCUGACAUAUCUGCACCAGCGUGGGAUCAUCCAUUAUAAUCUCAAGUCCAGCAAUGUGCUGCUGGACAGCAACGGUGAACCCAGGAUAGGUGACUAUGGUCUUGCCAAGCUGUUGCCGAUGCUAGACCGGUAUGUGCUGAGCAGUAAGAUCCAGAGUGCACUGGGGUACAUGGCACCAGAAUUUGCUUGCAAGACUGUGAAGAUCACAGAGAAGUGCGACGUCUAUGGCUUUGGAGUGCUUGUGCUGGAGGUCUUGACGGGCAGGAGGCCGGUUGAGUACUUGGAAGAUGAUGUAGUUGUGCUAUGUGAUUUGGUGAGAAGCGCACUGGAGGAAGGUAGGCUGGAGGACUGCAUGGAUCCAAGGCUAUGCGGUGAAUUCCCCAUGGAAGAGGCCUUGCCAAUCAUCAAGCUGGGCCUUGUCUGCACCUCGCAGGUGCCAUCGAACCGGCCAGACAUGGGCGAGGUGGUGAACAUACUUGAGCUGGUGAGGAGUCCUCAGGAUAGUCUAGAGGAUGAGCUGGUUUAAGGUCUCUUAUACCAACUCUAUUCUGAACGGUCCUAGGCCAUUUUUUUUCUCCUUUUGUUUUAAUGAGAUGCAUAUAGUGUAAUGCUAGCUGGGAAGAAAUCAGAGAAAGCAAAGAGUGGUAUGGAUUGUGAAAUGGUUGUAGUUUGCUUGAAGUUUUAGGGGGGAUGCAAGCCUAUUUUGUUGCUUCUCUGCAAUUCUUUGGUCCAUUUCUU